AUGAGCUCGACGUCGCAGCAUUUGCACGUCGCCGUGGUGGCUUUCCCCUUCAGCUCCCAUGCCCCGAAGCUCCUCGCGGUCGCGCGUGCCCUCGCCACGGCGGCGCCGUCCGUGACCAUUUCCUUCCUCUCCACCGCCGACUCCCUGGCUCGCCUCCCCGCCACCGCAGCGGUCGUCCCGGGGAACAACCUGCGGUUCGUGGAGAUGCCGUCGGGAGGAGGAGGCGAAGACGACGGUGAGGGGACGCCGGCGUGGCGCCGCAUGGAGAUGUUCGUCGAGGCUGCGGAGGGUGGCGGGCUUAAGCGGGCGCUAGAGAUGGCCGGCGACGAGGCAGGCGGCGCGAGGGUGAGCUGCGUGGUCGGGGACGCCUUCAUGUCCAUGGCCGCCGAGGCUGGCGUGCCCUGGGUCGCCGUCUGGACGGGCGGCCCGUGCGCGCUCCUGGCGCACCUCGUUGGCGACGCGCUCCGGGAGGACAUCGGCGACGGCGACUACGGUGCUCGCGGCGACGAGCUGCUGACCUCCUACCCGGGCCUCGGGUGCUACCGCGUCCGCGACCUCCCCUUGCUGGGUGGCGCUGGCACCAGCAGCGGCGACAUGCACCGCGUCAUGACCCUGCUCCUCUGCCGCGUCGCGCAGCGGCUGCCAGGCGCCGCCACCGCCGUCGCAUUCAAUGCCUUCCCGGGCCUCUUCCCUCCGGACGUCUCUGCGGCCAUUGCCGACGCGCUCCCCAACUGCCUCCCCAUCGGCCCCUACCACUUCCUCCCCGGCGCCGCCGUGGCAUUGGCACCCGACGACGACGACCCCCACGGCUGCCUCGCAUGGCUCGCUGACCGCCCCGCGUGCUCCGUCGCGUACGUCAGCUUCGGCACGGUGGCUGCGCCGCCGCCGGACGAGCUCCGCGAGCUGGCCUGCGGGCUGGAGGCCACCGGCGCGCCCUUCCUCUGGUCGCUUCGGGAGGAGUCGUGGCCGCUGCUCCCGCCGGGGUUCCUAGACCGCGCCAAGAACUCCGCCGGCGCCGGGCUCGUGGUGCCGUGGACGCCGCAGGCCGCCGUGCUGCGGCACCCGGCGGUGGGCGCGUUCGUGACGCACUCCGGGUGGGGAGCCGUCGUGGAGGGGAUCUCCGGCGGCGUGCCCAUGGUGUGCCGCCCCUUCUUAGGAGACCAGCACAUGAACGCACGUGCCGUGGCGCGUCUGUGGUGCUUCGGCACAGCGUUCGACGGCGACGGCACCGGCAAGCCACUGAUGACGCGCGGCGGCGUGGCUGAGGCGGUGGCGUCGCUGCUCGCCGGGGAGGAGGAAGAAGCCCGGAUGAUGAGGGCUAGGGCACGGGAUUUGCAGUCCAGGAUGGUCUCGGCGUUCGAGCUCGACGGCGGAUCGACGAAGAACUUCCAUAAAUUUGUGGAGAUAGUUUGUGCUCGUGUGUGA